UUCAGAUCUACUAUGUUUCUACGGAGCACAUUAACGUCACAUACUUUAACCCCGAAUAUUUCGUUUUCUUCAAAGCCACUUCGGCGCGCCCUGGUCGAUGGGACCCAAAGUACUACGUUACUUUUCACGUUCGUAACCUCAAGGUCCUGGAUAAUAACAUAACGGUAGAUUUUUACUUCUUCGAGUAUCGCAGCAAUGAGUACAGGCGUGGUUUUGUAGAAAUGCACGUCAAGGGAUGUGAUCUCGUUACGAAGGACAACUUCUUUGGACCGGCGUUACGAGCUAAUUUACUGGGCUGUCCUAUCCCGCCGGGCGAGCACUGGUUGACCAACAUGUCGAUCCCGGACCUGCCUCUCCUGCGCACCUUUCCUUUCCGAAAGGGCCGCAUCUACGCGAACGCGACGACGGUGCCUGGCGGCGUGCUAGUUUUUACCGGAUAUGUUGAUAUGGAGAUCAAGUUAAGAUCUUCAUCGAGACGGGUAGAAUCUAAACCGACUGAACGUGGCGAGUUAGGCACGAGGUUGGCUAACGAGUACGUCCGAUCUCUAGCGCGGCCCGAUCAAGACUGCCCACCAGCGGCGGAGCCUCGCUGCUCCAGUCCUCCCGCCUCAACAUCAAGUGAUCAAGCACCUCAAGAUUGUCGAGACUUGACCGAUGUUUAA